CAUGGCAAAAAUGCCACAUCAAGACUGACUGCUCGUUUGGAUGACUGUGUAUUGCAUAACCAUCCACAUCCCAGGAGGCAGGGGUGCCAUGGAAGAUCCACAGUCAAGUAGGCGGGACAUGAUGUGAUGGUAUUCUGCAGCUUUGGCGCCCUCAUCUCUUUACCGGGAUGUCAAGGAGCAGUGACGGCAAAGGAUGCAGCACAGAGGAAGACUAGGAUGAUGCAUGGAUGAAAAAAAAGAGGGGGAUCUGCAGCAGGAAGAACCACGUACGCUUCCAAACGGCGUGACCAGUCUCCGGGAGCAACGUGGAGCGAGCGAGGGAGGGGUGGGGAAAGAGGGAAGAGUGGAGGAGGGGAGGGCAGGCAAUUCAGCGCAGUGCGAGCGGACCGGAUGAGUGGCAGCAUCAGCACCACUAGCUGUAGCAUCUUCCUCUGCUGCUGCUGCCUGAGGCUGGCGUGUGACUUGUGGCUACCGUAGCAUCUCCAUCAGCUGCACAUAGAGACAAACCAAAAAAAAAAAAGACACACGCACACACAUGCAUGCAGAAGGGGGGUUGUAAGUGACGAGGGAGGGUGGCAGGGAAGGGGUGGGGGGGCUCCGGGGAACGACUGGUGGGGCUGGAGCAACGGCGACAGGAGUAGCAGCAGCAGUGUAGCAGCAGUAGCAGCAGCACCACCACCAUGGCGCAAGCCGCCAAGCAGCUCCGUAAGACCAAGGACCUCGCGGAGGCCGCCGCCCAGGAGCAGAGGGAGAAGGAGGAGGAGAAGAUCAAAAAGAGGAAUCGAUCCAGAGACCGCAGGCGUAAGGCCGAUGCAGCCACCAGCUUUCUGCGUGCAGCUCGUUCAGGCAACCUGGACAAAGCUCUGGACCACAUCAAGAAUGGAAUAGAUAUCAAUACUGCAAAUCAAAAUGGCCUCAAUGGGUUGCAUCUGGCAUCUAAAGAGGGUCAUGUGAAAAUGGUCCUGGAGCUCCUGCACGCCGGCAUCGAACUGGAGGCCACCACCAAGAAAGGCAACACGGCUCUCCACAUCGCAGCGCUGGCAGGCCAGGAGAAAGUGGUAGCUGAGCUUGUCAAUUAUGGAGCCAACGUCAAUGCCCAGUCGCAUAAAGGAUUCAGUCCUCUCUACAUGGCAGCGCAAGAGAAUCACCUAGAAGUGGUCAAGUUCCUCCUUGAGAACGGUGCCAAUCAGAGUCUCCCAACUGAGGACGGCUUCACUCCUCUGGCAGUAGCCCUCCAGCAGGGCCACGAAAAUGUUGUAGCGCUACUCAUCAACUAUGGCACCAAAGGCAAGGUCCGCCUCCCCGCGCUGCACAUCGCUGCCCGAAAUGACGACACGCGCACCGCAGCCGUGCUUCUACAGAACGACCCCAAUCCUGACGUUCUCAGCAAGACUGGUUUCACGCCUCUCCACAUCGCAGCCCACUAUGAGAAUAUGAGCGUCGCCCAGUUGCUGUUGAACAGAGGGGCCAACGUAAACUUCACCCCAAAGAAUGGCAUUACCCCCCUUCAUAUUGCCUCCAGGAGGGGCAAUAUGAUGAUGGUCAGACUCCUGCUGGACAGAGGGGCCCAGAUCGAUGCAAAAACGAAGGAUGAACUGACUCCGCUUCACUGUGCAGCCAGAAACGGACACGUUCGCAUUAUUGAGAUCCUGCUGGAACACGGGGCUCCCAUCCAAGCUAAAACCAAGAACGGUCUGUCCCCCAUCCACAUGGCAGCUCAGGGGGAUCACAUGGACUGCGUAAGACAGCUGCUCCAAUACAACGCAGAGAUUGACGAUAUCACGCUGGACCACUUAACCCCUCUUCAUGUAGCAGCCCAUUGUGGUCACCACCGCAUGGCCAAAGUCCUUCUGGACAAGGGCGCCAAAGCCAAUGCUCGAGCUCUGAAUGGUUUCACACCUCUCCAUAUUGCAUGCAAGAAGAACCACAUGCGAUCGAUGGACCUGCUGCUCAAACAUUCUGCUUCCUUAGAAGCUGUCACAGAGUCUGGCCUCACUCCUCUCCAUGUAGCAGCUUUCAUGGGCCAUCUCAACAUCGUGAAGAACCUUCUCCAGAGAGGGGCUUCUCCUAAUGCUUCCAAUGUUAAAGUGGAGACUCCCCUUCACAUGGCCUCCAGAGCGGGACACUGUGAAGUUGCACAGUUUCUCUUGCAGAAUGCGGCACAAGUGGACGCCAAGGCCAAGGACGACCAGACCCCUCUUCACUGUGCGGCGCGCAUGGGACACAAGGAGCUGGUCAAGCUGCUACUUGAGCACAAGGCUAACCCUGAUUCAUCUACAACAGCAGGCCACACGCCCUUACACAUCGCUGCACGUGAAGGACACAUUCACACCAUUCGCAUUUUGUUAGAUGCUGGAGCACAACAGACCAAAAUGACCAAGAAAGGCUUCACCCCCCUCCAUGUUGCCUCGAAAUACGGAAAGGUGGAUGUAGCAGAGCUCCUUCUCGAGAGAGGCGCCAACCCCAACGCAGCUGGCAAGAACGGUCUGACACCCCUUCAUGUGGCGGUUCACCACAACAACCUGGAUGUUGUUAAACUCCUGGUCAGCAAGGGAGGAUCUGCACACAGCACCGCACGAAAUGGUUACACCCCCUUGCAUAUAGCGGCCAAGCAGAACCAGAUGGAGGUGGCCAGUUGCCUGCUGCAGAACGGGGCAUCGCCCAAUGCCGAGUCCCUCCAAGGAAUCACGCCUCUGCACCUGGCUUCGCAGGAGGGACGACCCGACAUUGUGGCUCUUCUCAUCUCGAAACAAGCCAACGUGAAUUUAGGAAACAAGAACGGAUUGACCCCCCUGCAUCUUGUAGCACAGGAGGGUCACGUGGGCAUCGCUGACACGCUGGUCAAACAGGGAGCGUCUGUUUACGCCGCUUCACGGAUGGGCUACACUCCCCUUCACGUGGCCUGUCACUACGGUAACAUCAAAGUGGUCAAGUUCCUCCUGCAGCAGCAGGCUCACGUGAAUAGCAAAACAAGGAUGGGCUACACCCCUUUGCACCAGGCUGCUCAGCAGGGUCACACUGAUAUUGUCACCCUGCUGCUGAAACACGGAGCACAGCCCAAUGACAUCACGUCGAAUGGGACAUCUCCACUGGGCAUCGCGAAGCGCCUGGGUUACAUCUCUGUCAUCGAUGUGCUCAAACUGGUGACUGAGGAGUCUGUUUCUGCGAUCACGACGGAAAAGCAUCGGAUGAGUUUUCCCGAGACGGUGGAUGAGAUCUUGGACGUCUCUGAGGAUGAAGGGGUUGCCCAGCUAACGUUAGGAGACGAGCUGCUCGGCAUGGACGGAGCACGCUAUUUGAAGCUCGACGACUUCAAGGAUCAAGACGAUGACUUUCUCUCCCCAAAGAAGACUCUUCGAGAUUUUGAGGGAGGUGUGGGAACCACGCCGUAUUCUCCCGCCAUUCCCAGGAUUCCUUGUGUUUCGCCAGAGACUGUACUUCUCGAUCAGCACACCCCCAUCCCACUGCCAAAGGAGUAUGACGAAGAUUCUCUCAUCCCGAGCAGUCCAGCAACAGAAACCUCAGACAACGUCAGCCCUGUGGCCAGCCCCAUUCACACUGGCUUCCUGGUGAGCUUCAUGGUAGACGCUCGUGGAGGGUCCAUGCGAGGCAGCAGACAUCACGGCCUACGAGUCAUCAUCCCCCCUCGGACGUGCGCUGCGCCGACACGCAUCACCUGUCGUCUGGUCAAACCUCAGAAACUGACCACCCCGCCUCCUCUGGUGGAGGGGGAGGGCCUUGCCAGCCGCAUCAUCUCCCUGGGUCCAUCGAGCAUGCAGUUUCUGGGGCCAGUUAUAGUGGAGAUCCCACACUUCGCCUCACUAGCUCGGGGGGACCGAGAGCUUGUGGUCCUCCGCAGUGAGAACGGCUCUGUCUGGAAAGAACACCGGAAUCGCUAUGGCGACGAAGUGCUGGAAACUAUUCUGAAUGGCAUGGAUGAAGAGCUGGAAAGUCAAGAGGAGUUAGAAAAGAAGAGAAUCCGCCGCAUCAUCUCCACCGACUUCCCCCUGUACUUUGCCGUGGUUUCCCGAAUUCAACAAGAGAGCGAUUUGAUUGGUCCGGAGGGCGGGCGGCUGACCAGUAAACUUGUACCGCAUGUCGAGGCCAUUUUCCCGGAGACUGCUGUAACCAAAAGAGUGAGACUGGGCCUGCAGGCCCAGCCCAUCCCCGACGAGCUGCUGACUCGACAACUUGGCAACCAGGCGACCUUCAGCCCGGUGGUCACCAUCGAACCACGCAGACGCAAAUUUCACCGUCCAAUCGGGCUCCGGAUUCCACUUCCACCGUCCUGGCGGGAGAGUCCUCGUGAUGCCGGAGAGGGUGACACCACCAGCCUGCGCCUCCUCUGCAGUGUCAUUGGUGGGACAGCGCCUGCUCAGUGGGAGGACAUCACCGGAACCACAAAGCUGAUGUAUGCAAACAGCUGCGCUAACUUCACCACCAAUGUCUCUGCAAGAUUUUGGCUAGCCGAUUGUCCCCGCACCGCAGAGGCUGUGACCUUUGCUAAUCUGCUGUACCGUGAACUCAUGGCAGUACCUUAUAUGGCCAAGUUUGUCAUAUUUGCGAAGAUGAAUGAAGCCCGCGAAGGGCGGUUGCGUUGUUACUGCAUGACAGACGACAAGAUGGACAAGACGUUGGAGUUGCAUGAAAACUUCACCGAGGUAGCACGGAGUCGAGACAUUGAGCUAAUGGAGGGCAUGCCUCUGCACCUGGAAUGUUCCGGAAACCUGGUACCAAUCAGGAAGGCCACGCAGCAACCUCGCAGCUUCAGCUUCCAGGCCUUCAGAGAUAACCGGCUGCCUGUUUCCGUCAAGGUCAGAGACGGUAACAAGGAUGCAACUGGCUUUUUGUCCUUUCUGAGAAAGUGCACCAAAUAUGAGGAUGCACAGCAUGUGCUCUGUAACCUCAACAUAGCCAUGCCACCCUGUGUCAAGGUCGUUGGAAGUGAAGAACGCAGGCGAACUCUAACCCCUCUGGCCUUGAGGGAGCGCUACAGUGCACUGAAUGAACCUGGCUUGGCUACAGUCAACGCAAUGGAGAGGACAGAGAUCAAAAUAAACAUCAUAUCGGAGCAACUGGGCUUAAGCUGGGCAGAGUUGGCAAGGGAGCUCCAGUUUGGCGUGGAUGACAUCAAUAGGAUCCGCGUGGAGAAUCCCAACUCACUGCUGGACCAAAGCUCCACCUUACUCAAUCUCUGGGCCAGCAGAGAGGGCAAGAGAGCAAAGAUGGAGAGCCUGUACAUUGCUUUGAAGAAUAUUGAUCGUGCGGACAUUGUGAGCUCUCUGGAGGGUCAGGCCACGCAACUGGCGCCCGGGUCUUCAGAGGAGGGCGCCUGCCGACUGGGGGAUCGCGACUCCACCUUGCUGUCGCCCAGUGUCAUCAAUGAGGUCACGGACACAAGGCCGUCGCGCCUCGUGCGCAAGCCGCAAGUUAUUAGACCCCCGUUUAUCAGGAGGGGUUAUGGGCUGGUUCAGGAGGAGCUGCUGUCUCCAGCCUCCAUGCAGUACAGUAUACCCUCCCCUCUGGGUGCCGAGCCCUACUGGCAGGAAGUCUCCAGUCUGGAAUGUGCUCCCAUCGCAGCCACAGAGGAAGACACCUUGAUGGAAAUGUCGGACGUCCAGGUUUGGCCGGCGGGGGUCAGCCCGUCACUGGUUACUGUGGAAGACUCCUCCUUGGACGGCAGCAGUCGAGCAGACGACUCGGAGGGCGCCACGCUCUCCCUUCCCUGCAGCUUGGGCCGCCCCAGCAGUGGAGCCAGCGGGGCGAGCGGCUCCAUCAUGGAGCUGGAGGAGGAGGAGGAAGAGGUGGAAGAAGGGGAGGUUGAGGAGGAGGAGGCGCCACUGGAGCCAGUGAGCGCCAUAGCAGAGAGGGACCGGGUUAGAGCCAGUGGCGCCGUUCCCAAGGUCAACUUGAACGGCCAGCUGGGAGGUCAGAGGUCGGAUGGGAGGAGAGGGGAGGGUCCUGCGACAGGAGGAGGAGCAAAAAGAGGCGGGGCAGGGCUUGGUUCAGUGGAAGGCGUUUCUGUUGUUGCAGGCCAGCAGGUGUACGGCCAGUGUGAGAUGCCCACAUUGGGUCGAGCUGGCGAACACAACGGAGACAACCGGUUGGUCGGCGGUGGAGCGUUUCAACCCUAUCUACCCGAAAAGGACGCCCUGCAGGGCUGGGUGGGAUCAGUAUCAUCGGGACGGGACAUGAGCGCACCAGGCCUCCACGCCGCCCAGGAGGCUCUGCUGACUCCGGUGUGUGACACAGGUUACUCACAUGUGCAACGUGGGCGCUUCCUGGAGGGCACGCAGCCCUUUGGCAAGGAGCUAGGCUCCCCUCACCAGGAGGCAGGCAAACGUGCUUGGGAACAGGAUUGGAGGCGGGGCAAGAGGGAGGAGAAAGAGGACUAUCGUGCUGACGAACACGGCAGCAUGCUGACGAGAAAAGUGGGGGCGGAUGUGAGAAGGAACGCUCAGUCGGUGCAGCGCACCAGCCUUCGGAGGGUUAAACACUGAAACACAACACACACAACCCGGUCCACGAGGACAAGAGAGCGGCUGCCAAAGCUUCCUCCACAAAAUCACAACCGGAGCGCAAAGGAAAGUGAGCAAGAGGAGAGGAGGGAAAGGACUACCAAACAACAAUAUGACAAACAUACAAUUAACCUCACACAGAAAUACACACACACACAUACAGAAAAAAAGGUGUGAGAGUUCAACUUGUAGUUUUAUAACAUUUGUAAAGUAUCACAUUACCUAAGGCAUGGAUUUUUCUAGAAAAGCAUCCAAAAAAGAACAAAUGUCACCAAAACAAGACAACAAAAAGUGCUUCCUGUCAACUGUAACUGCAUGACGACUGCUGGUGCAUGACUUACGAACUUUUGUCAUUAUCUACAAACUGAAGGGAGUACAAGGUAGUACAAGUACAAAUGGACUGGCCCACGCUUGGGGGCGGGGGGGGACAAAGCCCCAGUAACACAGCAGCUUAAAAAAAAAAAAAGGGUUGUGCUUUCAGGUUGGAGCCUGUCAUUGCCUCUUUCAGUGGACCCUUUUCGUUGUGCGUGUGUAUUGUAUAUGCGCUCUCUGCUCUGUGGACAUGUGUCGCCGUGUGUGUGCAUGCGUUUCUCGCUUGCCCCCCUGAUUGGCUCCAAGGCUCCGUGAUGUCACGGCGUGCUCGCCGCUGGAAUGAAGAAGCAGCAGCUCCCUUCCCUCGCUUAUGAUUGUUGUUGUUGUUGUUGCUGCUUUUCCCAAACAUGCCCAAUCUUAAACUAUUGUCUUUUUGUUUUCUAAUGGGUUUUGGAAAGAACCGGAAUCUUUUCUUUGGCAAAGGGUUUGAUCGCUUGGUAGCAAUGUGCAGCCGCUCCAUAACACAGAUGCUCUAUUCUACCUUCUUCCUUUCGUCUCCUGGUAGCCUCACUUGAUAUGCAGAACAAUCCAAAGCCUCUCGUUCCCAUUCAUCCAAUGUUUAAAAGUCAGUGUUCUCCAUCUUUGAGGCAAAGCGAAUGCAGUAUGUAGUGAUUCCGGGGGUUUGGAGUGGGCUAUUGUGCUGCUUUGACGCGUGAUUGUGCAAGGAAGUGUGCGGCAAAAGGGCACGCAGGCAGCAUUGUGAUUGUCUCACUCUCACCGACCCCAGACUCGUGAUCCGUCGACACAAAACCGAAGCACACUCGUCACACAAUCAUAUCAUGAAGGUCUUGGAAAGUAUGAAUUUGCCACAGCAAUAAAAUCUAAUCACAUGUGUGCUACUAGGAAGUACACUUAUACACUGUUUUUUGUUUGUUUGUUUGUUUGUUUUUAAUCUCCUGGACAAGACUGGAAGAUUUGUGCUGUACUGACCUUGACUGACACAAGUCACUCCAAUCACACCAGUCCACCAUAUCAGUGUAGCAGCCAGAGAGAGAUUUGUGUCUGUUUUUCCAGCAUUUAGCGUAGCAAAGUACCAACUAGUGUUAUGUUACAAUACAAUUUGUUGUCUUUGUUUUCUGUAUAAGUGAACGUAUGUGGAUACAGUGGAUGCAGACACGUACCUUCGUUUUCUCAUCUGAGACACUUUUUAUGCAGAAACCUGAUGUUGGAGAUUAUGCAGGGUGGGGGUCAUAUUAUGGUAGCACACAUCCGCCAAACUUUAAAAAAAAAAAAACAACACUAUUUAUCCCAUAAGUACUGUAAAUGCUACUGUAGCAUGCAUAUGUGAGUCUGACAGAAUGAAUGAAGAUUAUUUUUGCACAUCACACCUACCCUGUGCCCACGCAUGCAUGAUAACCUCAUCUGAUAUUUUUGCAACAUUUUUCCACUUUUCACACACCACUCAGGUUUUAGUUUGGCUAUUUAAGUGGGUUUUUUGUGCCAUGCAUGAGUGACAAUGUGGGUGACUAUUUUGUCCUGUUAUUUUUUUUUUUUUAGGAUGCAUUGUGUCUGCGUGUGAGAGAUAUUUGGCUCUCAACAUUGUUGGACCAUGUAAAAGAGGAAGGUUUUUACCAGGCAUGCCACUCGAAAGGUGAACGUGUAACCUCCGAUGACGUAUUGUAAAAAUGUAACUGUCGAGAAGAAUAGAGCUCACCUAUACUCCUUUAGAAUGGAUACAUGACAAUGUAAACGCAAUAUCAUAUUACUCUAUCCUAAGGAAUGCAACUGCACCCAUGCACAAAAAAGAUGUUUUUAUGAAAAUAUGUGUAUAAAAAAAUAUAUGACAAAAUAUAUUUCAUUAGAAUACUAUGCACCCUCAUAGAGUUGUUAUGGAUGUUCUUUAAGCGUUAUCUAGUUAGCCGACUCCCACAUGAUGGGAACUAUAGAGGCUUUGUAGCUUUGACCACUUGUUUUAUUUUCUUUUGUAUUGGUCCGAAAAAAUGAUUCAAGAAAAAAAAUCAAGAAAAUGUAUACAAGCCUUUUAAUCAGAAAUAUUCUGACUUAAAGAUAUGUAUAGAUCAUCUUACCCUGUACACCAGCUCAAACCAUUUACAAGACUUAAUAAACAAAGAUGUGACAUA